AUGAGAGCCCUUGAUGCCUACGAUUUGGCUCGCAGGCCGAAAGAGGAAAAAGACACGACGGGCGAAGGCUGGCUCGAAAAAUUGUGUAUUCCGUUGAAAAAGACUUUCGAAGGAGUGGACGAUUCGAAGCAUGAGAAUGCACGUGUGGAUGAGAAAGCACCCGUGAAUGAGAAGGCACCCGUGGAUACAUAA